AUGGUUAUUAAAGAAGAGGGAAAUAACAAAACUGAUGAAAAAAAACCAAAACAAAGAAAUAAAAAUAACAAAAGAUAUCGCACUGGAGACUUUUCAUCUCAACUGAGCAACAACCAAAAUGAUUGCUACGAGAAGAAUAGUUACAGUAGCAAUAACAAUCACAGUGCAAACAGUAAUGACGACAUGCUAGCUCAACACCGGUUCGAUACUUCUGAUUUCGAGAAUUCAGUAAAAAAGAAAAACAGCUUCGAUGAUACGGAUGUCGCAUCCAAGAAGGGAGACCAUAAAAUGAACAGCAACAUUCAUUGUACUGAAAUUAAUAUUGUUUUAAAGGAUGAGCAUGCGUCUUCAUCCGUGAGGGGAAAUAACAGCUGGUGGGUGCAUGAGUCGUGUGAAAGUUUCGAAAAAGCCAAAAAUUGUGAAAAUUUUAAAAAUUCUGAAAAUCGCGAAAAUUGCGAAAAUUGCAAAAAUUGUGCAAACUGUGCAAACUGUGCAAAUUGUUCAAAUUGUUCAAAUUGCAAAAAUCGAGUAAACGACGAACUUUUAAACGAACGUAAUACUGGAAACACGAAGGAUGAUAUGGCCAAGCUGAAUGAACGGAAAAGUAAAAAAUGGGAUUAUAUGAAUAACCGAAAUGGAGAAGGAAAUUGCAAUAGUGGUAUUGACAAAGUUAUCAACAUGAACCCGGCUUCGUCAGUAUGCCUCCACAGUAUUUCAAAGAACAUUAUUGACAAAGAUGUUCUUUGCUUUUGCGCAUGCAAGGUCGGAAAUGAACAAAUGAAAGAAGAAAGAGAAGUUAGAAGCGAAGUUGAAAGUGGAAGAGAAAUCAUAUUUGACAAUGGAAGAAAGGCUGAGUGUUAUUGUGGAAGUAGAGCCAUUUGCGUGAGGGGAAGUGGAACCCAUGAGGAAAACUCAAACAUCGACCAAAGCGUUGGAGAAAUAAUUCAUUCUGACGAUACAAUCAACAAACACACAAAAAAUAGAGUUACGAAGAAUAACGAUUCAUUAAAUAACGUUUAUUAUAUACUUAAUAAGCAUGUAAACCCGAAGGAGCAAAAUGUAAAAAUAAAAAAUAAUUCUCUCAAAAGUGUACAAAAUAAUUCUCUCAAAAGUGUACAAAAUAAUUCUCUCAAAAGUGUACAAAAUAAUUCUCUCAAAAGUGUACAAAAUAAUUCUCUCAAAAAUGAACAAAAUAAUUCUCUCAAAAGUGUGCAAAAUAAUUUCCUCAAAAGUACACAAAAUAAUUCCCUCAAAAGUGCACAAAAUAAUUCCCUCAAAAAUGCACAAAAUAAUUCCCCCAAAUGUGUACAAAAUGAUUCUCCCAAAUGUGUACAAAAGAAUUACCGCAAAAGUGCACAAAAUAAUUCCCCCAUAUAUGUACAAAGUGAUACACAAACAGAUGCACAAAAGAACCUAAAUGAUAAUUUCCGCAUGAACAGGACUGCUAAUUACAAAAUUAGCAAGAAUAUUUUGUUAAAAAAUAAAGAAAAUUCUGAAUUUUGUAAUAAUGGCAAUAAUGGAAGUAAAAGAAGUGGAAAUGGUGAUAAUGGGAACAGUAUCAAUUUUGUUGAGGAUCUAGAGGAACACUUCCCUGUUUUCGAUGAACAGAAUUGCACAAAUAACCCGAAGGUUAGUAACGAAGAUGCAUAUAUGAACGAACGCGAAAAUGGAAAAUUGUAUGAACAGUCAGAUAAAAAGAUGCAUGCAGAGGGGGAUACAAUAUCACAUGUACAUCGGGAUUCAAAAUUGCAUGCAGAACGGAACUCAAAGCCGCAUGCACUUAUCGGUGCACAUUCGAAUUGCCUUUUGGAUGAAAAAGAAAAGAGCAAAGGCACAAAUCUGGAAAAAGAAGUAAAAAAAAAAAUUCAAUUUUUAAAUAUUUUAAGGGGGAAUAAGAAAAUAAAGAAAAGAACAAAUUUAUCCAUUGAAUAUUUUAAACCUUUUUAUCAUUGUAUGGGUAAUUUGACUACAUUAAAUUCAGCUAAAUAUUUCAUUGUUAAAGGCAAAAAAAACAAAUGCCAUCGCCGCCACCUCAGUAUUAUUUCCUUACAUAAAAAGAAUAAUAUAAAUAAGAAUUUUAAUUAUGAAUCGAAUGAAGCAAAAUCCUAUAUUCAUCAUUUUGAUAGAAGGAAAAAAAUUGAGAAAAGAUGUCAAAUGAGCAAUAGCGACUUAAAAGAAUUAUAUAUAGGUCCAAAUGAUGAAAAAAUGCAAAAAAUGAAAAAUGUGGAGGAAUAUAAAGAUAACUCUGACUUGUGCAACAUUGCAAAUAAUGAUAACAAUAGGGAUGAUUAUGUUCAUAAUGAUAAGUACCCUUUUUCACAUGUGAAGAUACAAAAUGACGCAGAAAAUCAAUGUUUAAACGAUAACUUUUACCAUGUCGAGGGAAAUAAUAAUAACGAAGAAGAAAUCCCAAACGGUAAAGUUGAAGAUCGAUUAUCUCAUGUCACGAAAAAGUUCACAGAUCGUGUAAAUAAUUUCGAAAAGGUCGAAAUGGAGAUGACAUAUUUCAGAAGUAGUCAAAAUAAAAAAAGGGUGAUGCCAAUCAGAUCGACUAGCAUCAGAAGGAGAGAAAUAAACAAAGAGGAUAAUUUUGUAAAAUACAAUAAUCAAUAUUUGCUAAUGAGAAGAAAUGGAAACAGUGAAGGCGGUGAUAAGGUAAAAAAACAUGAUUUGAAGAAUGUAUUAACAGAUGAGGCAAAGUUAUUACCAGCACAAGAUGAAACCAUGGCUGAUGAUAGCACUAAUGAAAAUGACAUAUCCCCAUCACAUGUAAGAAACGCUUAUUUAAAUAGAAAUAAGAACUCUGCAAUUAGUGGUUACAAUUGUGAGAGUAAUAUGAAAGAAUUAAAUAAGGAGGAUAAGGAAUAUCACAAAAUGGAAAAGUAUGAUGGAGAAAUGAGUUCCUUGGAAAAGAAAAGAAAAAAAAAUAACUCAGAAUUUUAUGAACAGUCAUGUAAAAAUUCAAAAGAAAAUAAUAAAGCAAAUGAAAGUUAUCAUCACAAAAUGAACAGAAGAAAUAAAGAUUACUGUUGUGAUAUAAUGAAAGAAAAUACCAAAGAAAAUAAAUAUAGCCUUAGAGAAGUGAAGGAAAAUAAGGAAAAUAAACGAGAUGCAAAUUCUUACAUGGGAAUGAAACAAAAUUCUGACAGAAAAAAAGAACCAAUGGGAAAAAAAAAUGGAAAUUUCUCGAACAAGCCAGAAAAAAAUGAACAAAAUUUCAAAUUGCACAAGAUGGAAAAAAAGAGUAAAAAUAGGAACAAUGAUAUCGAGGAAAAUGGAUUUUUUAAGUGCAAAAUGAAGGGAAGUAAUUAUGGAGAAGAUCAGGGGGAAAUUUUUCAGUCAGUUAAGAGAGAUGCAAAAAAAGAAAAAUUCAUUUACAGCAUGAAAAAAAUAAACAAAGUAAAGCAUGUGGAAAAAAACUUAUGUAAAAAUGAUAAUAUAAUUAAACCUAAAGGGGGUGGGAUGUUGACAAAAAUUGCAGGAACUUACAGUUUCGAGGAAAAAAGAAACUCACUGGAGAAAGGACGAAAUGAUAAAGGAAGAUGGAAUAUGUGGAAAAAGAAAAAUGAUGAACAGAAGGAGAAGCUAAACAAUAAGUUGUUUGAUUUGAUGAAGAACACAAAGUGUACGAAGAAUGAGAAUGACGAGACGGGAAAAUACAAAGACAAAGAAUUUAGUAAGAGAUGCAGAAAGGACUGUAUAAAGAAUAGUAUUGCAAAGGUCAUCCAUGAGUGUAAUGAUUGUGGGAAUGAAACUCAGGAUGAGGAUCAGGUUGCGGAUAAGAUUGAGAGUGAGGAAGAUGACAAACUGAGAGAAAUCCAGAAACAAAUCGAUUAUAUAAUGCAAAAUGACGAUAUUGAUUUUUCAAAAAUUAGUGUUAAACCGUGUAAAAAUUAUAUUAAAAUAAAUAUAUUUUUGGAUCGGUACAUAUUUAAAUAUAACGAAUUUCAGAAUAGUGAGUUGCUUUUUUGCUUUGGAGAAUCCAGUGAGGAAGACGUAGUUUCAAGGAAGAAAAAUUCCUUAAAAGCAUUUGGUGAUGAUGUUAAUGAUGAUGAAAAUAAUGACCAAAAUAUAAUGCUAGAUAUGAAGAAGAAAAGUAUAACUUCUUCAACAAGUAAGAAAAAAUCGAAACAACAAAAAAAUAGGAAAAUUAAUUAUGAUGCUGUUGAUACAAUGUGGCAACCACAUUUUCAUCCACAUAAUAAAGAAUUUCGAGUGAGAUACAGAUAUAAAGGGAGUAUGAGAUUGAAGACUAUUUCUUGUAAGAACUUUGGUUAUUUACCAAGUAAGAAAAUAUCCAUUUUAUUUCUUUUCAGAUGGAUAUUGUGUGGUAAAUAUAUAGCAGAAAAAACGAAAAGAUCUAGAUUGAGUAUUACAGAUAUCAAUGAUUAUAAUUUACCUGACCUGUUAUCCAAUAAGAGAAAUAAAACUGAUAGCUACAUGACACCUGAGGAUUGGAAAUCUUAUGAUGAAGAAAAAACAAAAGAGUUUAAUGAUCAUAUAACCAAAAUUAAUAAUUUUUUUAAAAAUAACUACAAAGAUGAUAAUUUUAUAAAUAAGCUAAAUGUAAUUAUAAAUGGAUGUGACAAAGAGUUUAAGAGAGAGAAACUAUUGAAUAUGCUGAAUCAGUACCUUCGCGAUAAAUUAAGAAAGGAACGCAGAAGGGAGUUCUUGAAGCGAUUCAAAGAAGAAAAAAAUCAAAUGGGACAGUCAGCACAUAUAGCUACUAAUGAUAUGUCUAGUGGUGAUGAAUACCUAGAUAUGGGCAAAGAAAAAAACAGUGCACGGUUUAGUAGUACGUGCAGUAAACGAUUUAGCGGUGUAUUUUGCAAAGACAGUGAUGAUAAUAUCGUGACAAGAAGCCAAGUUCGUGAAGAGAAAAAGAGAUAUAAUUACACCAGUAACAGUCCAAUGAAUAAUAAAAAGAGAAAAAGAAAAUUUACUCCAAAUGAUGAAGUAUAUUGUGAGGAACUUAUGGGAGAAAGUAUCAACCAUAGCAGCAGUAGUAGUAGUACCAAUAGUGUUGGUGAUAGCAUAAGGAAAGCCAUAUUUUCGAAUUCGAAAAGCAAGAAGGAAUCAUUUUUUGGAAAAAACGAUAGAUAUAAUGAAAAUUUCAAUUAUGAUGAUGGAGAAGUGAACAAGAAGGAAGAAACUUUUUUGAGAAGAAAAUGGGAUAGUAGACAAAAUAUAAAAAAUGCAAGGAAAGGAAAUAAUGUUUAUGAGGUGGAUAAUAACAAUUUAGGAAUUAAGCAUCAUCAAUUUCAAUGUGCAGAAAUGGAAUCAAAAUAUAGAGAAGGUAAGGAAGAGGUGGGGAAUCCUUUCAAGAAUCUGAGUCCAAAUUUAUGUAAUAAAAAAAAGGUAACCAUUGAUGAUGGGUUUAAUGUUGAACAUGCAAACAGUUUAUAUGAUGAUAGUGAUAAUAUACGCAAUAGGAAUGGUAGAAACACUAAUUUCGAAACAAAUAUAGAUCUAGCAAAUGCGAAGAAAAGGGAUGAGAUAAAUCAUGGUAAUAGAAACAUGGGCAAUAACUAUUUUAGGGUUCAUUCUUCACGUAGAAGUAGUUUUACACAUAACAGUUCAACCUAUGCAAAUUUAGAAAAAUUAACGAACACAGAAGAAAUCAGAGAAUAUUAUAAUUCUCUCAUAGAAUUAAAAAAAUCGAUAUAUAUAAAAAGUAAACAGGGAGGUAUGAAUGAUAAGGUGAAAUAUUUCAGUAUUAAUGACAAUUUUAUGGAACUCUUAAGCAACGAAUCUCGCAAGAGCAGUACUGAGGCAGGAAAUAAUCCAAACAACUUUGAACCAGAUCAUAUUAAAGAAUAUGAAGCAUAUUUAUUUGCCAUUUAUUAUGCCAACAAUUGGAAGAGCGAAAUUAUGGGUACUACAAACGGAGGAGGAGAGAGUACUAUGGUAAACUCUAGUGGAAGUAUAAAUCAGCACAACCAAGUGUUAAUUUCGUCCAUGUAUGAGGAAAGUAAUUCUUCCAUACUCACUGAAAAGAAUUAUUUUCCAGUUGACAAAGAGAAUGUAGAAACAUUAAGGAAGAGCAGUUAUUCACACACGCAUGAUGAUGAACUUCUAGACGUAUAUCCCAACUUGAAUGACAUGAAUAGUGAGAAUGACAUGAAUAGUGCGAAUGACAUGAAUAGUGCGAAUGACAUGAAUAGUGCGAAUGAUAUGAAUAAUACGAGUGACAUGAAUAGUGCGAAUGACAUGAAUAGUGCGAAUGACAUGAAUAGUGCGAAUGAUAUGAAUAAUACGAGUGACAUGAAUAAUGUGAACAGCGUGAAAAAGAUAAGUAAUGUUUCUACGUGCCCAAGUUUGGGGAAUUACAGUUUCUCGUACGGGAAGUACUACUCAGAAAUGAAUAAUAAAAAUAAAAUACUUCCAAUUUCUGUAUCUAAUGAAAGAUAUAACAUUAGAAAGAGCAUUAUUAAUGAAGAGGAAUAUGAUUGUACAAAGGUGCAAUUAAAAAGAAAAUCAUUAAACAUGGAAGAAGCUCGAGAAUUAUUCAAUUCAUGUGCAAAAAAGUAUUCGCAAUUGAUAUUUUCUGACAAGGAUUUUUUUUAUAAGAAUCCACAAAACGAUAGAAAUGAGGUAGAUGAAGAAAUGAAGGAGAAUAAAAGAUGUAGUAGCCACUUUCCUGAUGAAGAAAAAAAAAUAAAUGAUGCUUAUAAUGCCACCUACGUGUACAAAGACAAUCAUCAGAUCACUUUAGACAAGUUUAAAGGAAGUAUUAAUCAAGUGUGCUUAGGUAGUAAGAGUUCCACUAUAUGCGAUUGUUGCGUGCAAGACGAAUUAUUUCUUGAAUGUGAAAAAAAUGCAGGGAAUGCCGAUAAACCAAAGGAUGAUGGAUAUCUUUAUAAAAAUAAUACAGAAGAAAAAAACAGUUGCUCUUUUCUAAAUGAUAAUUCUGGUAAAAAUUCUAUGUCAAAGAAUAAAAACCACCUGACCAGUCAGACAGAAAAUGUAGAAACACAUGCAAAUUUAAAAAAUAAUAAUUAUAUAUCGGAUGGAAAUAUGAAAGAUAUAAUUGAUAUACUGGUAAAGAGCAAAUAUUUGCAUGAAUCCAAGCACGACUCUCUCAGUAACAAUGUUGAAUGUACACAUGAGCGUGGCACAAAUAAUCCUCGCUGUUUGUAUUGUGCAUGCAUGGACAGUCUGAACAGUAAGGGCGUAGAAAUGAAAAGCCAAAACGUCUGUAUGGUUGGGAAGCGUUAUUCACAAGUGAGGGAACAGCAGCCAGGGGAAUUCGACAAGAACUUGAUCAGCAUCGAGAGAAAAGACAACAGCGAGGGAGAAGGCAACAGCGAGAGAAAGGACAACAGCGAGGGAGAAGACAACAGCGAAGGAGAAGACAGUAAUGAUAACACCGGUCGCAUUGACAGCAUAGGUCAGGGAGAGACUAACAUGACAAGUAACACCUUAUGUGAAAAAAAAGUAUGUAAUUCUUGUUGUCGUUUCGGCAAAAUUUACACAAAUAUGUUAAAAAUUAUAAGUCAUAGUAAUAGUAAUUAUGUCGCAAAGGAAAAAAGUUACACAAAGAAUAAAGAACGUGCUAAUCUAGAAAAUGAAGACGUUAAUAAUUCAUUAAGUUCAUAUAACAGUUGUGAGUUCAUGAAUACCGAUGGCCAUGAUAAGAUAUUGACAAACCCAAUACGUGACAGUAAUGUAUCACAGGAACAGCUGUUUAAUCAUUUUUUUAAUUAUAUAUUACAAAAGGUAAAAACUCGCAGUUUCCCUCGUGGUGGUGAUAUCAGUGCUAAUGAUGUCUGUGAAGAGAAUGUAGAAGUGAAAGAGAAUGUGAAGCAUCGAAUGGAUAGCAAUACCGGGUGGGUCCAUGGGGAGGGGAAUAGUAAAAAAAGAGAAAUAAUGAAUAUCCUUUUGCAAGAAUUAUUUAAUUCAGUGCAGGGUGCCAACAUGGGUAUCCAGUACAGUACUAAUUUGUUGGAAAAACCUCAUGGGUGUAGCGGUAGGUGUAGUGACCAGUAUGAAAUCGUUAAUGAUAUGGCAAAGGAAAGCAGUUACAAUAACAUUUAUGAACAGACACAUGAAGAAGAUAUGCAGAACUUUCUGGAUAAAAUCAAUUUGAAGGAAGAACUUGAAAGGAAGCACAUGAAGAAUUCACUUAAUAAAAACAAUGCAGAAAGGAAAAACAUUAAAAACAAUAUAUUCACAAGACAAGGUUUUAAAAAUGAAUUAUUAUCCGUUAAUGAAAAAAAACAGCCCAAUUUGAUAAUGAAUAAAAGAAAUUUUGAAUUAAUAACAAACUUUAUUAAAGAUGUUAAGGUAAAACAUUACAAUGUAUAUGAAGAAAUAAAUGAACACAGAACUUUUAAUGAAAGAGGGAAUAGCAUUACAGAUCAUAUUUUAUCUGAACAAGGCAAAUAG